UCGAUUUACUUUCCACUAUCACUCCAACUACUCUCUCACCAGUUGUCUUGACCAACCAGUCACAUUAAAUACAAAACGUCUGUCACAGUCAGUAAAUCAUUGACCAAUAACUCUUUGUUUUUUAUUUCUUUUUUUUUCUUCACAUUUUAAUUCGUCUAUGAAUUUAAAUUUUAAAUUAUUUUUUUCAUAUUAUUACUGUAUAUAUUAUUUAUAAAUCAAGUUAUUUUUUUUUUUAUCUUCAACCCUUAUCGUUCUUGGUCUCUUUCCCUCUCUUCCAGCUACACACACACUCACUCGAUAAAGCUUUACUCUUCCUUGUGCCCCCUACAAUAAUUCACCAUACCCGUGUCAAGCUUUUGCACUCCCUCUACUACAACACCAGUAUUCAGUUCUUUGCUGAGUGUAGAUUGGAGGAAAUAAUUCCUCUAUCGAAUAUCACUGUUACGUGAUAUUACGUUAUAAAGAAUUUUUAAGAACAGCCGAAUGUGGAUUCGAAUAAAAUAACGGAAACGAUAGUAGAUGUUUAAAUUUUGUUAAAAAUAAUAGACAAAAGUGAGAAAGUAGUAAAAAUAAACAAAAACUGUAGCAGAGACGAUGAUUGAUCCAAGUUCUUCAGAAGAAGAAAGUGAUGAAGAUCAAAGUACUCAGCAUCCAGGAGCUGGAGGUAGAGGACCAGCUGCUAAUAGCCAUGGCCCUCGACGACAUCCAGGUGCUUCUGGAGGUGGUGUAGGUGGAGGCAAUUUGUCCUCUUCAGGACUUACUGCAUCGCCUGGAGGUCACAGUCAAGCAAGUAGUGGAUCACCAAGUUUACACAGUGGACGUGCACUUAGUGGCCAAGCACAUCAUACAGCUCAACAAGAUGCAGGUGCUGGAUUAGAUGUGCCAAACUUAUCUAGUGCACGUAAUUCCUUAUCACCAUCUGCAAGUGCUUCACAAGAUGCAGCUAAUUAUAACAAAUCAUCUCAGAGACCUAUUAGUCCUUCACCAUCAGUUGCUAGUGAAAAAACGAGUGAAGUUGAUACACAGGACAAACAAGAGCGUGAAGAAGAAGAAAGAAAAAUUCGUAUACAACUUUAUGUAUUUGUAUCAAGAUGUAUUGCUUAUCCAUUUAAUGCUAAACAACCCACAGACAUGACCAAAAGACAAAUGAAAAUUACUAAGCAACAACUGGAGACUCUGUGUUCUCGCUUUCAAGCAUUUCUAAAAGGCGAAACACAAAUUAUAGCAGAUGAAGCAUUCCAUAAUGCCAUUCAAAAUUACUAUGAUGUAUUUUUAAAAUCAGAACGAGUUGUCCGAAUGGUGCAAAGCGGAGCUUGUUCCCAAUACGACUUCCGCGAGGUGUUCAGGAACAAUAUAGAAAAGCGUGUUCGCAGCCUCCCGGAAAUCGAUGGGUUAAGCAAAGAGACUGUUCUUACGUCCUGGCUGGCUAAAUUUGAUUGUAUAUUUAAAGGAACUGGCGAUGAAGACAGUAAAAGGCCAGGUAGGAUGCAACAGCAGACUCUAAAUUCGGAGUUAAUAUUGUCGAAAGAACAACUAUACGACAUGUUUCAACAAAUACUCGGCAUUAAAAAAUUUGAGCACCAACUUCUAUUCAACGCCCUCCUGUUGGAUUCAGCUGAUGAACAAGCUGCCGCCAUCAGGAGGGAGCUGGAUGGUCGCAUUCAAAAAGUCAACGAAAUGGAAAAGAACCGCAAGCUCAUGCCGAGAUUUCUCCUUAAGGAGAUGGAGUCGCUCUACAUCGAGGAGCUCAAGUCGUCUAUCAACCUACUGAUGACUAAUUUAGAGUCAUUACCAGUUUCAAAAGGUUCGACAGACAGCAAAUAUGGGUUGCAGAAGCUGAAGCGCCGUAGUGACCGCUCCCGCUACCGCACUCAGAGCUCCCUCGCUAAAUUGGAGGGCGAUUCCGCUGACUCCGAUCCGCAACUUACCAAAAUGGAUGUGGGUUUGACCUUUUCACUUGAAGUCAUUGUUAUGGAAGUGAAGGGUCUUAAAAGUCUUGCACCCAAUCGCAUUGUUUAUUGUACUAUGGAGGUUGAAGGUGGUGAAAAACUUCAAACUGAUCAAGCUGAAGCCUCCAAGCCCAUGUGGGAUACCCAAGGGGACUUUACAACGAUGCAUCCUUUGCCUGUUGUAAAAGUUCGAUUGUACACUGAAAAUAUUGCAAUGUUAGCACUUGAAGAUAAAGAAUUAGGUAAAGUAAUAAUCCGGCCAACUCCUUUGUCCUGUAAAGUACCAGAAUGGCAUCAAAUGACCGUCCCAAAGAAUAAUCCUGAUCAAGAUUUACGUAUAAAAAUUGCUUGUCGAAUGGAUAAGCCGUUGAAUAUGAAACAUUGCGGUUACCUUUAUGCGAUGGGUAAAUCUGUGUGGAAAAAGUGGAAGAAACGGUAUUAUGUUUUAGUCCAAGUCUCCCAAUACACAUUUGCGAUGUGCUCAUACAAAGAAAAAAAAAGUGAGCCGUCGGAAAUGAUGCAGUUGGAUGGGUACACAGUUGACUAUAUUGAAGCCGUUUCUGCUAAUCUUAUGGUGGGCACAGAUUUAGAGGGUGGAAGAUUCUUUUUUAACGCCGUCCGUGAAGGGGACAAUAUAGUUUUUGCUUCAGAUGAUGAAAAUGAAUGUCAUUUGUGGGUGAUGGCAAUGUAUAGAGCAACUGGUCAAUCACACAAGCCUACACCACCUGUUUCUGUAGCUGAUAAAAAUUCAACUAUCAGUAAAAUCCAAGGCGAUGCUGACAGAGCACGAAAACAUGGAAUGGAGGAUUUUAUAAGUGCUGAUCCUUGUAAAUUCGAUCAUGCAAGUCUCUUCAAAUUUCUUCAAAAUCUGACACUCGAUUAUAGACUUAAUGAUCCGUAUUGUUCUCUGGGAUGGUUUUCUCCGGGCCAAAUAUUCAUUUUAGACGAAUAUUGCGCAAGAUAUGGAGUUCGAGGUUGCUUCCGACAUCUUUGUUAUUUAAAUGACCUGCUUGAUCGUGCUGAUCGUGGUUGUAUGAUAGAUCCAACACUAAUUCAUUUUAGUUUUGCCUUUUGUGCGAGUCACGUUGCGGGGAAUCGUCCUGAUGGAGUUGGAUCAAUUACUCAUGAAGAAAAAGAUAAAUAUCAGGAGAUCAAGGAACGUUUAAGACAAUUGUUGGAAAAACAAAUUACAGGUUUUAGACAUAGUUUUCCAUUUGGUCGACCAGAAGGUGCCUUGAAGGGAACACUUUCUCUUUUAGAACGUGUUUUGAUGAGUGACGCAGCGACAGCAGUGCCUUCGGAUGAAGUUCGAACAAUGAUUAAAUCUUGUUUAGAAACAGCAGCGUUAGUUAAUUAUGAAAUGUUGUCAGCAGCAGCCAAGAUUGAAGAAGAUUAUGACGGUGAGGUGGGCAAUGCUCCAGGGAAAAAACUAGAUGAUCUCAUACGUCUUGCAGAGCUAUGUGUGGAUUUGCUUCAACAAAAUGAAGAGCAUUAUUCGGAGGUAGCGCUGGCCUGGUUCAGCGACCUCCUGGUGGAGCACGCCGAGAUCUUCUGGUCUCUCUUUGCUGUUGAUAUGGACAAAGUAUUAUCUGAACAACCACCUGAUACGUGGGACAGUUUCCCUCUAUUUCAAAUUUUGAAUGAUUAUUUACGGAUGGACGAUAAUUUGAAGAAUGGACGAUUUCAUCAACAUCUGAGAGACACAUUCGCACCGUUGGUAGUUCGUUAUGUGGAUCUUAUGGAAACAUCUAUAGCUCAAUCGAUUCAUAAAGGUUUUGAGAAGGAACGAUGGGAGAUAAAAGGAAAUGGAUGUGCAACAUCAGAGGAUCUUUUUUGGAAGCUCGAUGCUCUACAGUCAUUUAUUUCUGGUCUACAUUGGCCUGAUCAGGAAUUCAGACAACAUCUAGAACAACGUCUAAAGCUCAUGGCAUGUGAUAUGAUUGAAUCAUGUAUUCAGAAGACUGAUACAGCUUUUCAACAAUGGCUGAAAAAAGGUGUAACAUUCAGCUCAACUGACUAUAUUAUACCAUCAGAAAUGUGUGCAAUGUUGAAUGUUAUUUUGGAUGCAAAAAAUCAAAGCUUUAAGCUAUGUGCAGUCGAUGGAGUAGAUGUGCAUCAGUAUCAUGCCAAAAUAGAUGAUCUAUUGGAGAAAACGUCAGCUAGUAUGACUCAAGGGUUGAUCACUAAACUUGUGGCAGUUUUGGAAGCAACUCUGUCUAAACUAUCACGUUAUGAUGAAGGCUCAUUUAUUGGGUCAAUUCUGAGUUUUACGAAAGUUUCAGGGAGUGGGAAAGAAAUGGGUCAAGCUUAUGUUAACUUUACGAGAAACUGCAUGGAUCAAAUACGAAGUAAAGUGAUCGAUGAAUUAUGGAUUUUAAAUUUCUUUGAGCAAUGGUAUAUCACACAAAUUCAAAUGCUUUGUACUUGGUUAUCAGACAGACUUGAUCACAGUCUUCAUCUUUAUCAAUGUACAUGCCUUGCCCAUAUUGUCAAAAAAGUUUAUUCAGAUUUCGAACUACAGGGAGUAAUGGAAGACAAAUUAAAUUCAAAAACAUAUCAGACGAUAUCACAAAGAAUGCAGACAGAAGAAGCAACUUGUGCCUUAACAAUGAGUUCACAAAACGAUGAACUUUCGGAAAAUGGUAAUGAUGAUGAUGUUGAGAGACCAAAAACAAAAGUAACGAUUGUCGAGUCCGCAAGUGCCGAUGAUGCUAAUUAUGUUGCAAAUCUUACUAAUGUGACAACGAAUGUCGUUGGAAAAGUUGGAAGUAUGUUUGGAAAGGGAAUUGGUGGUCUUUCCACUAAAUUUGGCGGCGCCAGUUGGUUUUAAAGAUUAAAUCAAUUGCAUAAUAAAAUAGAGUGGCCUGAGUAUAGAAAACGGAUUUAUUAAAGUUAGAAAAUAAAUGAAAUAGACUGGACAAAGAGUUAUGAGAUUAGAGAACAAACAUUAAUAUAAUUGAUUGAUGGUUAAUUCAAAAACUCAGGGUAUAGAAUCGGAAGAAAUAUAAAAUAAAUUUGUAUUAACAACCUGGAUACAAUGUGAAUUUGGUCAUCAAGUUUACUGAUUGGUAGCAUAAUGAAUGGAAUAUGCUAAAUAAUAUAUGUAUCCUUGUCGUUCAAUCAUACUUGAAAGUAAUAAAAUGCAGAGCCAUAGUUUUAUUUUUAUUUGUUUAAAAAUAAAUAAAGAGUUUGAAUGUAACUGGUAAUAGAGCGAAAAAAUAAAUCAAUUGUUAUGAAAUUAAUCAUAAAGACUAUGUAAUGGAGAAAGAAGUAAAGCAAAGCUCGUAAUAUUAUUUAAACAAGAAAGAACAUAUAAAUAUCAGUUUGCCAAAUAAAUAUAAAUAAUAAAAUGAUACACAUCGAAAUACAUAUAACGUUUACCAAGAAAACGUCUAUGAAGAAUAGCAACAAUGUAAUAUAUGAAUGCAUCAAUAUAUUUCGAUAAAUGUGUAUAUGAAUAUUAGUAAGAAUAGAGAUGAUUAAAUAUCUAUUACACCGUGAUGUAAUGGAACGAAAUUAUAUAUCAUUUAAAAUUAAAAGUUAGUUUAUGAAAAUCGAGAAAAAAACCUUUAAUUAAUAUUUAAAAAAAAAAAUAGUUAUAAAUUAUUACAAAAUUUUUAAUUAAAAAUAAAUAAAAAUAUUAUUUGAGCGCUCUAAUAAUGAAAUAUAAUUACUGAUAUAAUUAUAGAAACGUUAAUAUAUUGUAUGAUCUGCAUGAAGAUUUGAAUAGUAAAAACGAUGAUAUUAUUUUCAAUGUUUAAAUAAUAUUUCACAUGUGAUUCUACAUUAGAUUUCGGAAUAUUGAAGUCUAUAUAAUGAAAAGAUGUUGAAUUCGUUUGUAUAUACAUAUUUCCGCGGCAUUGUAUAAGAGAGUAAGUAAACGAGUAAAGUAAAUAAUAUAACUAUUUAUAUAUUCUCUAUAGACAUAUAUGAAAUAGUUGUGUGUACUUUUUGAAAUAUGUUAAUGUGUGACAGAGUUAGUUAAUUUAUCAUAACUUUUACGUUUUAGGCCAGUAUCAUAUAAUUAAUAAAACAAAAAGAAAACAAUAUUCAAAUAAUUCACUUUCAAUGAAAUCAUCCAAACUAAGUAAACAGAUUUAUAGUAAAAUAUUUAUCUGCACAUUUGUACGCAUAGCGAUAUAUGCAUUGCACCAAAUUAAACUUAAUUUAAAUUUGACAUAUUCAUUAUUUAUGUUAGUAAUAUGGCAAAAUUAAUUAUAAAAAUUUUACAUUGCAAUCAUUAUUCAAUUGUUCAAGAAAAAAAAUUAGAUUUUGUUAAAGUUAAAUUGUUAUAAUUUUUUGUAAUGAAAACGACAGAUUUUUGAUAUGAUUGAUAGUAUUAAUUGAUGGCUUAAACGUAAAACAGUCAUAGAUAAUCGAAUAUGAUUUCGGCCUCAAUGAAAUGGAAAAUAAUAAUGAUAAUAAUAUUAAUAAAUAUUUAAUAAGACGAUUGUUAGAAUACUUGUAAAACAUUAAAGUAAAAUAUUUUCAAUUUGGCCUUUAUGCAACACAUCAAUAAGUUGCUACUACUUUCGUAUGAUGAAUGUAUAAAUAAUGAUGGCAGAAUAAAUUCUGAAUUUUAUGUAAAUUCAUAAUUCAUUUGCCAUCAAUAUACAUACAAAAUAGAUUUCAUUUGAAUUGAUGUUUAAUAGAAGAAAUAAAGGUACUUAAAUUAUUCUAUCAAAGAUUUCAGUACAACAAUCUUUCAAAUAAAAAUUUCAAAAACUAAACAAUCGCUAUAUAAUUAUAUUUUAUUAUAAAUAUUGACACAAUCACUUUCUUCGUUAUUAUAAUAAUUACUGUUAAUUUCACUGAUAUGAAGAUAAUAGUUACUAGGUUAAUGGAGAAAAAAUUAAGCCUAGAGUCGAUAGAUUUAGAUUUACUCAAACUUUGUCCAAUUCUUGCAUCUUCAAUGAAUACAAAUCUUUAAACUUAUUCUAUUUCUCUGUAUGAGUAUUUAUUGUUGCGUUUGUUGUGAAAUUAUUAUUGGUAAUAAAACGUUAAGAGAAUUCUUACAUUCCUACCAAUGUUUCAGAACAUUAAACUUUUAUCCAAAUGUUCUUUCGUUAAUAAAAAUCUGCAUAAAAAUGCAUAAAAAA